AUGAGAACUAUAAGUAGACAUAAAAGUAGUUAAAGGAUUACAUAAUGUAUAUAAUAUAUAUAAUUAAAAGGAAUUCUUGAUAUAAAUAAUUUAAUUAUUUUUUUUAAACAUUUUAAGCAAAUUAGAAGUAACAAAAUGGACAACAAAGAAAAUGAGCAAUAAGAUCUUUCAGUAGGUGUGUUAUAAAUAAUGCAUUUGUUCGCUAUAUAUACCAUUAUAUAUUAAUUUUAAUUCCUAUUUUAUCUUUAGUUUAUAACCAAUUAAAUAAGAAAGAUAUUGGAUUCAGACCCAAAAAAUUAACAAUAUCAAGGGAUUUAUAAGUAUAAAUAUAUUAAAAUCAUUUAGAGUUAAGCUUGUGAUAUUUGUGCAGUUGGAUUUGAAAGCAGAUAUUAAUAAUAAGAAAGAGGUAAACAUAGAAAAAUAAUAGUUAUAAAGGUAUGACAAUAAUAUCCUGUUAUGGUUGUUAAUUGAGUUGUCACUUGUAUUGUUAUGGUAUUUCCACUGAAAUAGAGUUGAAUCCCAAUUCUAAUAAUUAAGGAUAUUUUGCAUGUGAUAAAUGCAAAUAUAGUCAAAAAUAAGAUCAAAUAUGCAUUGUAUGUAAUCAAAAAGGUGGUUUGAAAAAAAGAAUUAAUGAUACAAAUGAAUUUAUUCAUCCCCUUUGUGGAUUACUAUCUAAACAUGUUGAAUUAACAUCAUUUAUGGAAAUCAAAUUCAAGAAAUCUAAUAAUGUAAUAUAAAUUCCUAAAUAAAUAUGUUCUUAUUGUAAAUCAUAAGGAGCCACAAUUAAAUGUUAAUAAUAAGAAUGUAAUACUUAUGCACAUAUAUAUUGUAUUGUUAAUUACAUAGUAAGUUUUGGUGGUUAUAAUUUAUAAUACUCAGAAAAUUCAUAAAAAUCAACAGGAUGGGAAAUCUAAUUUAAUUAUAAAUAAAUAUUCUGUUCUGGUAAUCUUGUUUAAGCAGGAAAUGAUAAAACUUAAUUAAAAAAUAAAUCUUAAAUUAUCUUAUAAUAAUUUAUGGAAAUAUAGAAAGUGGACAAAUCAAUUAAUAUAGACUAAUUAUAUGAUAUGUAUUAAUAAUAAGAAAAAAUAGAAGAAGAAAAAGAGUAUUUUAUUUAUAUUAAAAUAGUUAAUUGGUUGAAUUCUAUUGUUCUCCUCAUUAGAAUUAAUAGAUAUAUUGUUGUUGUUAAUAAUAAUUAGCUAAUGAUUCUGAAGAAAUGGUUUAAUGUGAAACCUGUAUGGAAUGGUAUCAUGAUAAAUGUUUACGUUAAUAUCAAGAUGAUUAUGAAGAAUAAAAAAAUAAAGAUCAUUAUUUCUGUCCUUUUUGUAAUCAAUGGAGCAAUUAUAGAUUUGAUCAUAUUCUUAAGUAUGUUCCUGUUAAUAAUUUAAAAUCUUUAUUGCCACCUUUUUUAAAAAUGACAUUCAAUACUCUAAUUAUUUUAGGUAUAUAUUGUGAAAGAAGUUUGACUGCUCAAAUAUAAUCAUGUAAAUAUUUAAUAAUUAUUUAUUAGAUUCUGAAUCUGAAUACUCAAUUAUAGAAACCAUAUUAGGUAAUUUACCAUUCUAUCAACCCUUAUAAUAAUAAUUAUCAUAAAUUAAACAAAAAUCUAAUGUUACUGAUUUUAUGAAUUUCCUUUUUAAAUAAUAAAUACCUUAUAGAGAUAAUAAUUAAUGGAUUAUAUUAUCUUAAUUAGAUGAAUCUAAUCAAAUAAUCUAAUAAAACAUUCUAUAUAAUAAUGCUUUGAAAGAUAAAUUAAAUUAAGUUAUUAAUUUAUUUAAAGAUUUUGAUGAAUCCAAAUUUUAUAUUGACUUACUAAAUAAAUUGAAUAAUUUAUAAUCAGCAUUUCAAAUUAUUACAUCUAAAACUAAAAUAACUAAAAAAACAAUUUAAAAUCAAUUUAAAUCAAAUGAAUUUUAAGAAUUCAUAUAUUUAUAAUAAUAAGUUUAGGAAUAUAAACUAAUUAAGAAAAGAUUCAUUAAUAAGUUGUAAGAAGCUGAAGAUAAAUUCUGUGAUUUUGAAUAAAUUAUGAAUGAAGAAGUCUAGGAUUCUGAAGAAGAAGAUGAAAUAGAAGAUGAAUUAGAAGAUUAUGAAAAAUUACAAAGUUAUUUAGGUCUAUAAAUGACUUAAAUUAAAAAUUACUAAUAAUUUUAUAGUCUUACCUCUGAAACUAGAAUCAAAUUAAAUUAAAUUAAAUUAAGUAAAGAAUUUGUAGAAAAAACAAUUUAAGAUUUUAAUGCCUUAUUAAUUUUAGUACCAUGGGUUGAAAUAUUAAAAUAAGAAUUGUAAGAAGGAUAAUUAAUUGUUUAAUAAUUAGAAAAUACUAAAUCAAAUGAAGAAAUAUAAAUAUUAUUAAGUAAGCUUGAAGAAUUGCCAUUUCAUUAUAAAGAUUUUCCUGAUUUGUAUGAAUUUGUAUCUAAAUAUUAAUUGUAUGAAAGAUAUAUGCAAGAUUUAGAAUUAUAAGAAAAAGAUGAAGAUGAAAGUGAAAUCUAAGUUACUAAAGAUAUUUAAAUUAAGAUAACAUAGGAACAUCUUUAAAUGUUAAAAUAAUUAUCUAUUGAGCUUAGAGCUCCAGAAAAAGAUAAAUAGAUUUUGGAAUAAGUUGAAAAAUAAUUAAAUGAGUUUAGAUAAAAAUUAAGAGGUAUGAUAGAAUAAAAGAAUUUAAAUGAAUAAAUGAGAAAGAAAUUUUAAGCUGAAAUAUAAAUGAAUAAGAUUUAUGAUGUACCUGAAAUUUCUGAAUUAUAGAAAAGAUUAGAAUAAUUUUAAGAGGUUGAAAAAAUAAGAAUUGCUAAAUCUUAAACACUUUAAUAAUUAGAAUAAGCAUAUGAAAAAUCUAAAGAAUUAAAUUUUGAUGAAAAGAUUAUUAAUCAAUUUGAAUAAGAAAUAACUAAAUGUUUAUAGAAGAAGAAAGAAAUUAAAGUUUUAUUAGAAAAUGAAAUAUUUGAAACAGAAUAAUUAGAAUAGGCUAAAUAAUUACUAUAAGAUAUUUCUUAAAGUAAAAUAAUUUAUGAAGAGAAAUAAUAAUUAUAGAGUUUGAAUAAAGCUUGCUAAUUUAUUUAAUAAUUAUAUGAAUUUUAUUAAAAAUAUAAAUCUCCAGAUUAAGAAAUGGAAAUUGAAGAUGAUAAAAAUCCAGAUUUAUAAUUUAAAAUUAAUUAAGUUUGUAAUCCUUUUUAAAUUCUAUUUAAAGAUGAUAAUGAAAAUAUCAUACUAGAAUUAGAUAAUAUAUUAAGUAAAUAAUCAAUAAUACUUGAUAAAAGAAUAAAUAUUGUAUUAAAUAAUUACUAACAUUUUCUUUGGUAAAAACAAGCUAAAUUAUUAUUAUCUUUAUGGGAAUCUAAAUAAGAAAUACAAUUAUCAUUAAUUGAUUAAGUACUAUCUAAGACAUUUACAUUAGAUGAAAAUGAUUAAGCAAAAUUAUUAUUAUUUUCUGAGAUGUUCUCUAAUCAACACAAAAUAGUAUUUGCAUUAGGUUCUUAGAUUGGAAAUUAUCUAUUUUAAGUGCCUCUUGUCUAAGAUUUAGAAGGAUGGUUUUAUUUAUAUGGUUAAGUAACUCUUUGUAUAAAAGGAGGAAUCUGGGAUUAAGUUAAAAUAUAUAAUGUAUGGGUUACAAUUAUAAAGAAAUAUUUUGAAAUAACAACAAUUCCAGAAUUUACAUAUGAAAGUUUAAAAUUAUUAUAAGAUGUUAUUGUUAUGUCACAUAUUCCUAAACAAUCAUUAAUAUGUGUAAGUUUGCUUUAAAAAAUUGCUUGUUUUAAUGCAUUAGUUGAUAAAAUCAAAGAUUAUAAUAAUAGAAAAUAGAUAUUCUUAGAGAAAAGGAAAUCAAAGUAAGAUUUAUAAAAAUUCAAAUAAUGUUUUACAAUUAUUGAAGCAAGAUUAUUAGAUUAAGAAAUAAAAACAUGUAAUAUAGCACAUGAAUUUAUUUCAAAGGAAUUUUAUUAAGAUUUUUAAAAUAUUUAUUAAAUUCAAGAAGAAUUUAAAAAUUGUUCUUGUGAAGAUAUUUCUGCUCUUACAUCUUUAUAUUAAAGAUUAAUUUAAUCAUUUAUUUAAGAUUAAUAAUUAAUGGAUGAUUUGAAGAUUAACAUAUACCUAUUAAAAUUAAAAGAAAUAUUAAAAGGAAAUAAAACAGUUGAAUUAUAGAAAGCUAAAAAAUAAUAUAAUAGUCUAAUAUUAUUAUUACAAUUUCGUAAUUUAUAAAUUCCAGAUUACAUUAUUGAAUUGAAUAAUUUAUUAAAUAUAGCUGAAAAGAUUUAAAUUAUAGCCAAUAAGAUUAAAAAUAAUCAAUCUUAUACUUUUGAAGAAUUAUAAUAAUCUAUAAAAGAUAUUGAUAAAAUAUAAAAUAUAAAUAUAGAAAGAUCAUAAGAUGUUGAAAUUAGAUAUCAUGAAUGUCUCUAAAUCUAAAAUGAAAUUCAAGAGAUUUGUAAAUCUCAAAUUAAAACUAAGGAAGUUGUAGUUUAAAACAUUUUAGAAAAAUUGUAAAACUUACCAUUACCAGAAGAGAAACAAUUAGUUUAAUCUUGGUUGAAUUCAUUUGAAUAGCUUAAACAAAAUUAUUCUACAUUAAGAUAAACAAUAUCAAAAUAGAAGACAAAUCCUAAUAGUAAAGAAUUGACAGAUUUGAUGAACAAUUUUUAAAAGAAAUAUAAAGAUAUUAUAAUUGUAUAUCCUGAUGCUGAUCAUUUUAUUAGAGAAUAUUAAGAAUUUAAUAAAAAAUUAGAAUUUAUAGAGAAUAAUUUAUAAACUGAAUAAGCUUUUAAUGAUUUCCAUGAUUUACUUAGUAUAUUUAGAUGGGGAGAUUAAUAUGAAAGGGUCAAAAUUGCUAUUUGGAUUAAAUAAGUCAAUUAAUUUAAAGAAAAUCCUUAAUAAAAAUGGGGAUUUGCUUCUUUUAGAAAUAUGUUAAAUCAAGGUUAUGAUAUAAUUGAUUAAGCAUUAAUAAAUAAUUAAAAAUUAUCAAUUGAAAAAAUGAAAGUUCCAUUAAUAUAUUUAGAAUAAAUUAUGACUAAAUUAAUUGAUUCUGUAGCAAGUGGAUCAUGCUUAGAUUCAUGUGGUGAUGGAAAAGUUGAUGCUUCUCAACUUUAAAUAGAACUUUAGCAUAUUACUCAACAUGAUAAAUUAGAAAGAUUAAGAGAAUUACAACCAAAAAAACCAUUUGAUGAUAUAAAUUCAUACUUUGAUAGAAAAUAAAGAUAAUAAUAAAUUAGAAAAAAGAAUUUAUAAAGAGAAGAAAAAGAUGAAUUAAAUAAUUAAGUUGAUAGCAUUAAAAAAGUGAAAAAGUAGUAAAAUAAUGAAACUGUUACUUAAUAAUUAAGAGAUUAAAAGAAAAAAGAAUUAUUAUCAGCUAUUUAACGUAAUCCUACUUUAUCUUCAUUGAAAAAUUUGGCAUUUUUUGAAAACAAAAUUAAGAUUUUUGAAAAUUAAGAGUUUGGUACUUUCAAUACAAAUAAAUCAAGUAAUUUAUAUAUUAUAUAAUUUAGUGUAUUUGGAGAGAAUGACAGCACUUAUUUAAACUUUUAAAGAAUUGCAAUAAUUACCUAAUUUCUCAAAAAGAAUAGUUGAAAAAGGAUGCAAUAUUGAAUAAGUUAAUUAUGCAGUCAAAAAAUAUGAAAGCAAGGCACUUUUAUAAAUAGAAGAAAAAUUGAUGUAAAGACCUAAUGCAUCAUCAUAACAAUAAUAAUAGGAUUAUAAUCCUUUAGCCCCAAAUAAGAAUAAAAUUGUUGCUAUCUAACCAGUAAAUUAAAAAAAUGCAUAACCUAUUGUUAAAUAGGUUUAAUCAAAUCAAUCUAACACUAAAUUAACAAAAGAAGAUGUUCUUAAUUAAAUUUUGAAUGAUUCUUAUCCAAAUAUUAAACUAUAAUAACAAACCUAAUAAUAAUAAUAAUAAUAAUAAUAAUAAUAAUAAUAAUAAUAAUAAUAAAUUUAAUCACAAUCCAAACCAUUAUAAUAAUAAUAACCAUUUCUAAAAUAAUAAUAAUUAUAACCCCAGUAGAUAAUAUAAUAAUAAAAAUAACAUUAAUAAUAAUAAUCUAUUUAUGAUACUUUUUAUUAGGAUUAGAACAAAUAAACAUCUCAAUAUUAAUCACAAUAAUCACUUUAAUCAUAAUAAUCAUUAUAAUCAUAACAUUAAUAAUAAUCUUAAAAAUCUUUACUCUCUCCAAGUAGGUCUAUUAGUAAAGGAGUCAAUGAAUCCAUGUCAUCUGACUUACCAGAAUUAGAAAUUUAAAAAAUGGAAAAUCCAAAUAAACCCAUUCUAUAUAAUCCAGAUGAUGAAGAACCAGAAUAAAAAGUGGUUAUAUAAAAAAUUGAAGUAUAUUAAUUAAUUAAUUAUUAGGUGGCUCCUCUUAACUUUGGAGAUAAAAUUUAUAAAAUAGGAAAGAGAUAUAGAUUUAAUAUUAAAGAUUAAUAAAUAACCUGUGAAUUUUAUACUAAUGCAUAAGAUAAUAAAUUAAAAGAAUUUCCAAAGAUUUCUAGUGAAUUUAAACACCAAAAAUAUUAAUAAUAAGAUACUUCUUUAUAAUAGAUGGAAAGAUUAGUUAAUAAAAAUAUGUAAAUUAUUUUAGCAGGAUGGGUAGUCCCAGAAAAAUAUAGUGAUUUAGGAGAUAUUCAAAAAUUUAGUGAAAUGCUAAGAAAAGAUUAAUAAUUUAUGUAAUUUCCUUUGGGUGAUUCAUUUUAUACUGUUGUAUAUCUAAUGCAUUAUGAUUAAUUGUAAAAUUCAUAAUUGUUUACAAAUUUUAAGUUGUAAGAAUUUGUGUCUGAAACACAUUAUUAAAGAAGGGAUUCUGGAAUUAUUAAAUAUUGGGGAAAUUUAGUAUCAAAAUUAUGUUUUGUAAUCACUAUAAAAUAGUAAACUGCAGCAAUGAUGUUGAGUAGUUUUACUCCUUUAUAAUAUGAUACAGCUAAGAAUGUAAUUAAGGUAAUGAUUUUUUGAUAAAUAUUAGUCAAAAGAAUUUUGCAAAUGGGUCGAAGGUAAAAUAAGUGAAUAGAAAGCAAAUAAAAAAUAAUAAUAAUAAUAGCAGUAGUAAUAAUAAUAAUAGCAGUAGUAAUAAUAGUAAUAAUUAUAAUAGUAAUAGUAAUAAUAAUAACAAUAAUAAUAAUAGUAACAACAAUAAUAGUAAUAAUUGUAAUAAUAAUAAUUAUAGUAAUAAUAAUAGUAAUAAUAAUAAUAGCAAUAAUAAUAAUUGUAAUUAUAGCAGUAAUAAUAAUAACAAUAAUAAUUAUAAUAAUUAUAAACAGAAUUAGAACCUGUCACUUCAGAAGAAGAGAAUAAUGAUAGUAAUAAUCAAAAUGGUUAAGGUCAUUUAUUUGGUAGUGCAAAUGGCGAGGUAAUGUAUAAAUUUUUAAAAGUAGGAAAAUGGAUAUGAAUAAUUGGUUGCCUUGUUACAACAAGAUAAAUAAGUCAUGGGGGAGCUAUUUAAAAAUAAUAAUAUAGGAUGA